AUGAAGACGCACAAGCUAAGAAAUGCAUAUGGCCAGAAGCAGCGGGGGGCCCCCCAGGGGGGCCCCCCGGGGGGCCCCCAGAGGGGCCCCCAGGGGACGCCCCCGGGGAGGACUGGGGAGGACCCCAAUACAAAACUCACGCUGCAGCAGCUGCAGCAAAAGAGAAAAGAAGAGAAGCUUGCUGUUGCUUCUUUCUUUGCUGCGAAAUGUAUUUGGGGGGCGCCCCCCAAGUUGGGGGGCCCCCCUGCGUGGUGGGGGCCCCCCUGUGGGGCCCCCGAGGGCCCACCAAACCCAUUUAAGAAAGGAAGGGGGCCCCCCGGGGGGCCCCCCGAGGGCUUUUGCUUCGGAAGCCGCACUCAGAAGGACUCCGAAUCUGUUGCUUCGUGCAUGCAGCACCCACAAGACCAGCAGCAGCAGCAGCAGCAGCUGCUGCUGCAGCAGCAGCAGCAGCAAAUGGAACGUGUGAAGGCUCAAAAGGAAGACCAUCUGUGGAAUCUCAUAAACCCUCCCAGCCGCUGGCAGCCCUGGCUGCAGCAGCAGGGGCCCCACACUGAAGUACCCUCUGGGGGCCCCCAGGGGGCCCCCCAGGGGGCCCCCCAGGGGGGCCCCCAAAUGACGCGGCAGCAGCUGUGGGCUUUGGUUUCUGAACCCACUGUUUUGCUGCCAGAGCCAGAGUUUGAUGCUGCCUUUGCUGCAGCACUUCAGCAGCAGCAGCAGCAGCAAGACCAGGUGCAGCAAGAACAGCAGCAGCAGCAGCAAGAAGAGGAACAGCAGCAACCCGAAGAGCAGCAGCAGCUACGAAACGAGCAGCAGCAGCAAGAAGAAAAGCAGCAGCAGCAAGAAAAGCAGCGGCAACAGCAGCAAGACAUGCAGCAGCAACAGCAGCAAGAAACGCAACAGCAGCAAGAAACGCAGCAGCAGCUGCAGCAGCAGCAGCAGCAGCAGCAAGAAGAGACGGUGUCCGUGUCUCUGUUUAUGGCUGCUUUUCGAAAAGCCGUGGAAGCAAAAGCAGCAAAAGAAAAAGGGCCCCUUGAGAUUCCGCCGUCUGUGAAGAUGGUUUGGGAAGCAGCAGCAGCAGUUGGAACCACCGCCAUAGCCAACAGUGGCCCCCCAGUGGCGGGUAGGGCCCCCUAG